AUCUUUGGCUAUAGUGUAGUUGAUUGGAACUUGCCUGAAUGGUUAAUGGUAAAGAAAUUGGCAUUAUUGAUGAAAUGAUAUUGGUGGUGUAGAAAAGCCUUCUCUGCUUCUCUGACCAGUCUGUGUACCAAAGGGAAAGCAAAGAUCUUCUCUACAAGAUUUUCCAUGGGUAACCUUCUUUAUCUUAUGAUCAUCUCCUUCUUAUUGUUCCUUACAACUACCCAUGCAAAAUCAAAUCAUUAUUGUCCACCUUCUUCUUGUGGUGAUAUCACCAACAUAACCACUCCUUUCCGACUUAACACCGAUCCAAAACACUGUGGCUACUCCCCUUUUGAGCUUUCUUGCGAGAACAAUCUUACGGUAUUAUACUCAAAUUCUGUGAAAUAUUUCGUGAGGUCAAUCAAUUAUGCCAAUCACACCAUUAGAAUUGUGCACCCCAAUCUUAACAAAACCAAUUGCUCCUCUCUCCCAAAUAACAAUCAGGGAGAAUUAGAUUCGUUCAAAGGUUUCAGCUCUUACGGCAUCAACUUGUUCGAAACAAAGACAAUAGUUUUCUUGAAAUGUGAGAGUCGAGUAAAUUCCUCUGAUUAUAUAGACACUGCUCCUUGCAACAUUGGUGGUUCUUUAGCCUCCCAAUAUUCCGAAACCAAAACUACUACUGCUGCUGAUCUUUAUUAUUAUUAUGUGGUCGAUGGUGGCUUUAAGGUUUCUGAUUUGGCGAUUGGGUGCCGCACGGAGCUAAGGACCUUCGUAUCGAAUCAGAUAGUGGUGAAUGGGAGGACUACUUCUUAUGUGGACAUUCACAACCACCUUGCUUAUGGCUUUGAGCUUUCAUGGUUGAACUCAUAUAUCAACGAUGGGGGUCUCUGCUUCAUCAACGAUUCCAACGAGAGGCAAUGUUUUUUGUGGGAUUGGGCUUCACCAUUAAAGACUUUCUUGGACAUAAUGGGCUUUUUAACACCUGGGCUAGGCAAAACCAAAGGAUGCUUGGAAAUCUUAGUGAAAAAUGUGCAAAGAAAUUAUCUUGGAGCUAAAUUCUGGCACUUUGUUGUAGCAUCAGUCAACUUUGCUGCAGCAAAGUGUGUGCAGCCAGCAACAUAAAGUUUGCAGACUUGACAAGUGAUUAAAUGAGGUGGAGAGACUUGAAUAGUGGGAGGAUGAGGUGGAAAUGACCUAACAAAUUCUGAAAAAAAAGAGUGGUCCUUGUAACGCCCCAAUUUCCCGAGACGUUACUUAGGGAGUCCAUUUAAAAAUAAUAAACAAUAAAUAGUUUAAGACACUAAGAGAAAAUAUUUAUUUAAAAUUUAAAUAGACAAUGAGAUCUCAUUAUUUAAAAAAAAAAAUUUGGACGCUAGGUUUAAUAACAACAACAUAAAGAAAAUAACCAUUCUAGUUUGAAAAUUUAAAAAGAUAACAUUUAUUUCUAAAAACAUAAAAUAACUGGAGCCCGGCCUCUAACAUGUUCCGUCCAUGCCUCGAGUCCGCACCACUCAUUGCUUUACUUUGCCUUUACCUGCACACAGAGUACCCGUGAGCUAACGCCCAGUAAGAAGAGCUAUGUAGGACAUAACUCCC